AACCCCCCCGCCCCAACCCCAGCACCGCCGCGCACCCCGGGGCUGGGGAUUACUCGGGACUCGGGGGUGGCGGGGGCGGCCGCGCCGCGCACCAGGUAAGAGGCACGUCCAUGUGCUCCGCGCAGCCGGCCCGGCGGCGUGGCCGAGUGUGUGUGGCCGUGUCCGCCUGCCCUGCUCCGCCGCCACACAUCACCCUGCCGGGCAGCCCCCCGCCAGCUGCACCCCGGACACGUCCCUUCGGGGAGCAGCUCGCCCCGCGGUGUCACCGCAGCCCCCUCGGGGUCGGCGUGGGGACAAACACCCUCCCCCCGCGCCGCCCCCCCCCCACACAGUGUGGGUGACCGUGGAGGGGCCGCGGAGGGGAGGGAAAGCUGCCGGCAGCGUCCUCUCCGCGUCCUGCCGAGCAGCCGAGCCGGGCGGGCGGACGGAGCCGGGGGGGAAGCGAGGUCCCCUCGCCGACAGCCCCCGCUGCGUGUGGGACACUCGCGGAGGGGAAGAUCCAAUUGGCUUUGCACAGACAAUGCUCCCAAAGAUUGUAUGAUAGUUCCUGGUGGCCAAGAGAGGAGGUACCUUGGGGUCUGCUCAGAAGAGGAACACGAAGAGGAGGGCAAGAGAAUUCCAUUGCCCCUCUGGCAGAAGGACCGAGCGUGUGGCCCACCUGCGGUGCCAGCGGAGUGCUAGAGAAAGCAAGCAAGGCUGGGAGCCACCCCAAGGCACCUGUGAGCACGGGAGGCAGAGGAGCAGUGCCAGCAUGGAUAAGGACAGCACCAGCCUGGCUGACCAGCAGUAUGAGUGCGUGGCUGAGAUUGGGGAAGGAGCCUACGGGAAGGUGUUCAAGGCUCGUGACCUGAAGAACGGCGGGCGCUUCGUGGCGCUGAAGCGGGUGCGGGUGCAGACCAGCGAGGAGGGCAUGCCCCUGUCCACCAUCCGGGAGGUGGCAGUUCUGAGGCACUUGGAAACCUUUGAGCACCCCAACGUGGUCAGGUUAUUUGAUGUGUGCACUGUGUCGCGAACAGACAGAGAGACCAAGCUAACGUUAGUGUUUGAACACGUGGAUCAAGACUUGACUACCUACCUGGAUAAAGUUCCAGAGCCUGGAGUGCCUACUGAAACCAUCAAGGACAUGAUGCUUCAGCUGUUUCGGGGCCUGGACUUCCUGCAUUCACACCGUGUGGUGCACCGGGACCUGAAGCCCCAGAACAUCCUGGUCACCAGCAGUGGGCAGAUCAAGUUGGCUGACUUUGGCCUGGCUCGAAUCUACAGCUUCCAGAUGGCUCUUACCUCGGUGGUUGUUACUUUGUGGUACAGAGCUCCUGAAGUCCUGCUCCAGUCCAGCUAUGCAACACCAGUUGAUCUGUGGAGUGUUGGCUGCAUCUUCGCUGAGAUGUUCCGUCGCAAACCACUCUUCCGUGGAAAUUCAGAUGUUGACCAGCUAGGAAAGAUCUUUGAUGUCAUUGGACUCCCAGAAGAAGAGGACUGGCCUACUGAUGUUGCCCUUCCAAGAAAUGCUUUUGCUUCCAGAGCUGCACAACCUAUUGAAAAGUUUGUACCAGACAUUGAUGAGCUGGGCAAAGACCUGCUUCUCAAAUGCUUAGCCUUCAAUCCAGCCAAGAGAAUAUCUGCCUAUGUUGCCCUCUCUCACCCCUAUUUCCAUGACCUGGAGAAAUGCAAGGAGAACCUGGACUCUCACAUGUCACCCAGCCAGAACUCCAGCAAGGUGGACGCAUCCUAAUGCUGCCUGCAGAUGAAGCAUGCAUGAACAAGAGGCGUAGCUGACAAGGCCACUGUCUCGUACCCACCACGGCGCCCUUCUAGCCGAGACCAUUACUGGGAGGUUUUAUGCACUUAGCUUUUCUUUUGGGACUGUGAUGUGCUUAUCCAAGGAAAUCAACCUAGUUUACUUUCAUCAGAGCAACGCCAGGGCCAGGGGCUUUGACCCACUCCCACUGCAGCUUGGUGUUGGGUUUGUUUCGCUGACCUACCUGGGAAGGCUGCAGAGGGAGCGAAGCUGCUGACCGGAGCUGUGCUGCCAGUUUAUCCUCUCCCCAUCCGGUGCUGCCUGUGUGGAGUAGGAUGAACGAGUCCCUGCCAAGACGUGAUGCAAUCCCCCAAUCUCCCUCUCUCUCUCUCUCUCUCUCUCUCUCUCUCUAGCUGCUGAAGCCUGGUUUGGUACUGUUUAAAUUAUUAUGAUGUGAUCUCUUCCAGUGCUGUUCAAACAACAGCACUGAAAGCUCAGCUGUCUGCACCCUGCAGCUGACCAGUGCACGUGUUCAUGCAUCACUCAGAGCCUAGACACAGCUGCUGCCCCACCUGAAAACUUGGAUGGAUUCUUCCAGCAUUUCAUUGCUCCAUACAAAAAUGACAGUGAUGAUGGCAAGUCUAAUAAACGUCUCCACUUUGGGGUUGUUUCAGACACAAACGAGUUCUGGCCUAGCUACGUUUGUGUGCACGCUGCAAAAACCCACAGAGCCACACCCCAGGUGGUUGAAAAAGCUGCUGGAGUCCACUCCUUGGGUAUCCACAUGGUGACUGUACUGAAAUCCAGGCACUUUCUAGCCUGCCAUCCAACCCCCUGGAAGCAGCUGCAAGCACAUUUCCCUCCUCUCAUUCCAAGUUUUCUGAGCUGCAGCAGAGCCAGUGAGAAUCGACACAGAUUUGUGGGUGUUUGUUUUUAAUUGCCUUCAACCUCUUCUGAUCAAACAGAGACUACAAGGCAGAAAUUCCCCUCCAGGAGCAGGGAAGCCUCUACCUGCCAUGAGCACAGCUGCCUGGCUGUGCUGCACUGGGUGCUGUAUGCCCUUGCCUUACCUGCAGCACAAGGGUGGGCAUUGCUGUCUCAAAGUCCCUCAGCUGGCGCGGAUGAAGCAGAUGUGUUUGCUGUGCAGAGAUGCAUCAGCUCCUCUCCUCAACCACCCUGUGGCUCUCCUGGCACCCUCUUCUCCCCUGGUGCCAUUGCUGGAUGUCAGAACCACAAAGCAGUUCCCAUGCCUCUCUAGCACAGUUCUUUUUAAACCUUAGGUUACACUUUCAUAGGUAGCAGGUUUUAGAUAUUUUCAGUAUUUUUUGGGGAAAAAGAAGCUUUUAUUUUCUUAAUGCUGUACUAGGGGGAAAAAAUCUUUGAAAUUCAUAAAAGCUGUUCCCUAACAUUUACCUGGAUGUGAUUUUGGGGGCAACAUUGGUCCAGUGAGUUAGCCCUUACCAUAGACCUAUAGGUAGAGACUACUGGAUGUAAGGCAGCUAGAGCUGUGCUUACACCUGGCAGUCAGGCUUCUCUCUUCCUCAUCUCCAUUUCAUCUUGCCUAGCCAUUGAGCCAGCAGCAUUCUAGAAUCAUAGAAUGAACUGGUUGGAAGGGACCUUUAAAGGUCAUCUCUCCAACCCCUUCUGCACUGGGCAGGGACAUCCCAGCUAGAUCAGGUUGUUCAGAGUCCCAUCCAGCCAAAUUUGAAUGGAGGAUGGUGCCUGCACCACCUGCCUGGGCAACCUGUUCCAGUGCUCCACCACUCUGCAUUCACAGCAUGCUUGGCAGAAGUGGGUCCUAAGCAGUUGGCUGAGCAACACAAUUCUCUGGGCUGUGGCUUGGGAACCUGUAACCAUCACCAUCCCUGGAGGUGCUCCAGAGACAUGUGGACCUGGCGCCUGGGGCCAUGGUUUAAUGGCCCUGGUGGUGUUGGAUGGUUGGACUGGAUGCUCUUGGAGGUCUUCUCCAACUGAGACAAUUCUCUGAUUCUGUGCUCUUGCUGGCAGGCUCCUCAGUGCUGUGCCAGAUUUGACAGGCUGGCCGUGGUGCCCAGCCUCACUCUGGUUCGGGGAUCAGGUCUGGGGCAUGGCCCAUGGCUAGGGGAGAGAGUGAGUCCUCUCUGUCUCUUGGAUAGAACUUCUCCUUACUGUUAGACACCCAAGUGUGUGGUAUGUGGUUAAAUGAGAGCUGUUGUAGCUCGGGCAGGUUUUACAGGGCCCACUGGAGUGCAUGCAGCAGCCUCUGCUCUUUCUCCUGCCCAGAAUGGUGCCUGUGCAAAACCUACCAGCAUGAGCAGGCAAGCUGCAAAUGAGGCCUGCCAAGAGCAGGCACCACAGGUGUGUAAGAGAAGGAUUUGGGAAGCUUUGCCAGCAGUGAGCUGAAGGCCAGUGAGUGGGGAGGGCAGCUAACCCUCUCAUCUUGGCCAUGCCUCUGUCACUCUCUCUGCUCUUAGGACCAAGUGGAACAGCAAAGCAGUUGUCCCAGCUCUGCUCCUCCACAGGUCAGGGAACCUGAGUGGAUGGAGAAGAGGACAGGCCAGAAGGAAAUUUUUGCUUAAUCAUUUUUAAACACUAAUUACACCAAACAGAGGCAGGCUUCAGGAGAGCCUCACCACAGUAACAGGCAGCAAAGCUUUCUAGGGAGCUGAGCACUUUGGAAACCAUUCCAUGUUUUACCUAGGGCUGAGCUAUCAGACAUGCUCCAUCAGGGCAUUCAGCUGGUGUGGCUUUCCAGCUGCUGGCAGGGAACAUGCCCAGAGCUCCUCAGCAACUAACACAGGAGGCAAAUGUAGGAGGAGAGAGGACAUUUCCAAAUCCAAAUUCUCAGGCAGAGCUGUGCAGCUGUGCUGUUAAGAGAGUUUGCUCUUGUAAGCUUAGCAAAGCUAAGGCUGGAAGAGAUCUGAGUGCUGAAUGUAGGAACAUUCUUAGGGUAAAUGAAAAAGGAGAGAACACUUUAAGCCAAAGGUUAGUGUUGGCUCCACAACUAAAGAGAAGUCACAAGGAAGGUAACUACUGGAGCAGCAUUUCCCAGCCAGCAGCACCAGGAGAGCAGCAGAGAAAAGCGAGGGCAGGCUUACAGGAUCAGAAGGCACAUGGUGCUUGCUGUAUGUUGGCUGCUCUAGGGUCAGGGGAUCAGUGAGGGUGUGCAAGAGAACAGCCACAGGGACAUGCUG